UUAAGCUGGUCUUCAGGGAGGCUUUCAAAUAAGCUAGAUUUGCACUGCUAGAAAAAUGGUUUUGUACUGAUAACAAGUUGACAGAAUAUUUUUACUUCUUAUCUAAGUACGGUUUAUAUCACCUUAAAGCCGAAGAGUAAGCAGAUUAUAUGGAAGAUAAAUACAAGAUGUCUACGAGAAGUGAAAAAGAUAGAAGCAAGCAAAUUCAAGACAAAUGUCAAAGUCUCUUAACUCAGAUGCUGAGAGAUGAAGAUAAUAAAUAUUGUGUUGACUGCGAUGCUAAAGGUCCAAGAUGGGCUAGUUGGAAUUUGGGUAUAUUCUUGUGUAUCAGGUGUGCUGGGAUUCAUAGAAAUCUUGGAGUUCACAUCUCUAAAGUCAAAUCUGUCAACUUGGAUGCAUGGACACCAGAACAAGUGGUAAGCCUUCAACAGAUGGGAAAUUCAAGAGCACGGGCUGUUUAUGAAGCAAAUCUGCCUGAUAGCUUUAGGAGACCACAGACUGACUCUGCUCUCGAAUCAUUUAUUAGGGCAAAAUACGAAACAAAAAAAUAUAUAGCUCAGGAGUGGGUUCCGCCACCUCUACCAAAAGUUAAUUGGGACAAGGAGUUGGAUGAAGAAGCCGAGCGAGCUCGAAAGAAAAAAAGAGAAAUUAAAAAUACAGUUCCUAUUCCAGUACCUAAGAAGAUUGAUGUCAUACCACAAGCUUUACCCAAACCACAUUCGAGCCCAAAGAAUCGAGAGGGUAAAUCGAGGAACAGAGACAGUAUUGGAGCUACUGAUUUAUUAGGAUUAGAUACACCUACAUCAGAUAUGCCAUCAAAUAGUGAUGAUGUUUUUACCAACUUUUUAUCUGCUGCUCCUGUAUCUAAAAGAUCACAAGAAGAAGAGAGCUUCUUUAACCAAAGUCUCAGUCCUCCUGCAACAUCAUCUAACAGUACUAACACUACUUCCAGUCAAGGAACUGUCUCAUCUGGAAAACUUACAACUGAUUCCAUCCUGGCUUUAUAUGCGAAGGGACCGCCAAUUCCUGUCAACAAUUUUGUCCAGCCUCCACAACAACAGUUUCCCUACACAUCAUCUCAAAAUCAACCUUUGCCUGUUCCUAUGUUUCAACAAAAUGUAGUUGGCAUGAAUAUAACAUCUAAUCCAUUUUAUAGUAUGCAGCAAGCCCAGCAACCACAACUUGCUGUUACCCCAACUCUACAUCAAAACCAGCAUGUAGAUUUAUCACAACAGCUAUCCAGCUUGAACAUCAAUGGUGGUGCUGCAAAAUACCAAAAAUCUUCUAUGUCAAACCAUCUCUGGCAAUGAUAUCCUAGAUAUUAUGCAUCAAAUUUUUGAUAAAAAGUGAUAAACUAUUUUUUAAAGAGAACCACUACUCUGUCUAUAGUUUUUGAUUCAACCAAAAAUUAAUUCUGUCUACUUUUUAUAUUUUGUAAAAAAGAAAGAAAAAAAAACGAAGAAAAAAGUAUAAUAGUUUAUUGGGUAUUUAUUUCUUACUUUAAUUUUAAAAUAAGGAUUUAUUAGUUGAUUUUCAGUUUGGGUUUAGAUAGAGCAAAUGAUAAACUUUAGUUUUAUUUAUUUGAGGUUGUUAAGUAAUUACAUCCUGAUUGUCAUUUGCCAUCUCAAACAACUUUAAAUAUUUAUAUUUUUAACUGCCUACCUAUGUUAUCAAUAGAAGUUAAAUCGAAACUGCUCUUUGAAGUAAUGAUGUAUGUAACAUUCUUUUAAGUUUUACAUUUUACUACAAGGAGUUGUGUUUUUCAUUUGUCAUUUGAACUGAAAACAUUUGAUUUUAUUAAAUGUUAUUAAAAUAAUUUAUGGUAUUGUGGAUUUUCAAAAUAUCACAAAUUAAGCUUUAAGAUGUAUAAUAAUUAAUCACCAGUAUUAAUCAUUAAUCAGUUCAGGAACUAAAUGCUUAUCACUAUAUAACAGAAAAAAAAUGAUUUUAUAAAUUGAGGUCAAUAAUGUAAUAAAAAUGUUAUAUUUCUUUAAUAUUAGUUAAUUGUUUCAAUUAAAGUAAGUAGACAUUACUACUACAGUUUACUAUUUUCAGUAAAUAAAUAAUCAGAGUUUAUACGAAUUUCAUAUUAAUAAAAGUUUUAUCAUCGAAUUUUUCAAAUGUAACAGUUUGUCAUUACAUUUAUGUAUAAAUGUAUAAACACACACAAAGUUGUUCUUUAUUUAAAACUAUUGGUUUAAUAUAAGGAUGACUUCUAUUAUUGUUUUGAAACUUGUGUAUUAAAAUUGUAAAUAUUU